CACCUGAGAAGCUGGGGGGACCCCAGGGCUCUUCCGGAACCUCUUCGCUCAGGGAGGAAAGACUAGGGGGAACUCUAAUCUCGAAGGACUAAGGCUGCAGGGGGACGUUUCACCUGAAGGACUGCCUCGUUUCAACAACAACUUUAUGGCUCCCGGAAGUGCCUCCUCCCCGUCUCCUGCCCAGCCUCACGCCCGUGGGCGGCAGUUGGAGCCAUGGCGGCCGCAGCCGCUGGGCCUGGCCCGGGGUCUGGACCUGGGGACUCCCCGGAGGGGCCCGAAGCGGAGGCUCCGGAGCGUCGGCGGAAGGCGCACGGGAUGCUGAAGCUUUACUACGGCCUCUCAGAGGGGGAGGCUGCGGGGCACCCCGCGGGGCCGGACCCCCUGGACCCGACGGAUCUCAACGGGGCGCACUUCGACCCGGAAGUGUAUCUGGACAAGCUGCGUAGAGAGUGCCCACUGGCUCAGCUGAUGGACAGUGAGACGGACAUGGUGCGGCAGAUCCGGGCUCUGGACAGCGACAUGCAGACCCUGGUCUAUGAGAACUACAACAAGUUCAUCUCAGCCACAGACACCAUUCGGAAGAUGAAGAACGAUUUCCGGAAGAUGGAGGACGAGAUGGACCGGCUGGCCACCAACAUGGCAGUGAUCACAGAAUUCAGCGCGCGCAUCAGUGCCACGCUUCAGGACCGUCACGAGCGCAUCACCAAGCUGGCAGGGGUCCACGCGCUGUUACGGAAGCUGCAGUUCCUCUUCGAGCUGCCCUCACGCCUCACCAAGUGCGUGGAGCUGGGCGCCUACGGGCAGGCGGUGCGCUACCAGGGCCGCGCGCGGGCCGUGCUGCAGCAGUACCAGCACCUGCCGUCUUUCCGCGCCAUCCAGGACGACUGCCAGGUCAUCACGGCUCGCCUAGCUCAGCAACUACGGCAGCGCUUCAGGGAGGGCGGCUCGGGGGCCCCAGAGCAAGCAGAGUGCGUGGAGCUGCUGCUGGCCCUGGGAGAGCCUGCGGAGGAGCUGUGCGAGGAGUUCCUGGCGCACGCGCGAGGGCGGCUGGAGGAGGAGCUGAGAAGCCUGGAGGCGGAGCUGGGACCCUCCCCGCCGGCCCCGGACGUAUUAGAGUUCACUGACCAUGGCGGCAGCGGCUUCGUCGUGCCUGGGGCCCUGCUGGCCGCUGCCGGGCUGGCGGAGGCCGCCACAGAGAUCGUGGAGCGAGUGGCCCGCGAACGCCUGGGCCACCACCUGCAGGGCCUGCAGGCAGCCUUCCUGGGCUGCCUGACUGAUGUGCGGCAGGCGCUGGCCGCGCCUCGAAUGGCUGGGAAGGAAGGCCCCGGCCUGGCUGAGUUGCUGGCCAACGUGGCCAGCUCCAUCCUGAGCCACAUUAAGGCCUCGCUGGCCUCUGUGCACCUCUUCACUGCCAAGGAGGUGUCUUUCUCCAACAAGCCCUACUUCCGGGGUGAGUUCUGCAGCCAGGGUGUCCGGGAGGGCCUCAUCGUGGGCUUCAUCCGCUCCAUGUGCCAGACAGCUCAGAGCUUCUGUGACAGCCCUGGGGAGAAGGGGGGUGCCACGCCACCUGCCCUGCUCCUGCUGCUCUCCCGCCUCUGCCUGGACUACGAGACAGCCACCAUCUCCUACAUCCUCACCCUCACCGAUGAACAGUUUCUGGUGCAGGACCAGUCUCCAGUGACGCCUGUGAGCACACUGUGUGCGGAGGCCAGGGAGACGGCGCGGCGGCUGCUGACCCACUACGUAAAGGUGCAGGGCCUGGUUAUAUCACAGAUGCUGCGCAAGAGUGUGGAGACGCGGGACUGGCUCAGUACCCUGGAGCCUCGGAACGUGCGUGCUGUCAUGAAGCGGGUGGUGGAGGACACGACAGCUAUUGACGUGCAGGUAGGGCUCCUAUAUGAGGAGGGUGUUCGGAAGGCUCAGAGCAGCGACUCUAGCAAGAGGACCUUCUCCGUUUACAGCAGCUCACGGCAGCAGGGCCGCUAUGCCCCCAGCUAUACACCCAGUGCCCCAAUGGACACCAACCUCUUGAGCAACAUCCAGAAGCUGUUCUCUGAACGUAUUGAUGUGUUCAGCCCUGUGGAAUUCAAUAAGGUGUCAGUACUGACAGGCAUCAUCAAAAUCAGCCUGAAGACGCUGCUGGAGUGUGUGCGGCUGCGCACCUUUGGGCGCUUCGGCCUGCAGCAGGUACAGGUGGACUGUCACUUCCUACAGCUCUACCUGUGGCGCUUCGUGGCUGAUGAAGAGCUUGUGCACCUGCUGUUGGAUGAAGUGGUGGCCUCAGCUGCCCUUCGCUGCCCGGACCCAGUGCCCAUGGAACCCAGUGUCGUCGAGGUCAUCUGUGAGCGAGGCUAGGCCCAGUCCCAGCCAUACACGGGCUGGACCCGUCGCCCCAACCCUCCGGACCCGUGGUCUCCCUCCCCGGGGGCCCUUCCUUUCUGGCCUCCAGACUUGCCUAAUAAAGACGUGUUGUCUCCUGC